UAUUGUUGUCUUAUUGGCAAUAUUCUCUCUUGUGCCUCUCUGAGGUAUAUACAGCUCAAGUUAAAAUUCAUAAUCCAAAAAAGACUAGAAUUUCAUAACUACGUUGCUAAUUAGGACUCUUCUUUCAGAUUAUUAUAAUCUGGAAUAUAUAGCUUGAUAUGUGAGAAGUCCAAGGCAACUAAAUGUACAAGUAAGCUUGCAUCAGGGAGAAAAGUACUUGCACGGUUGCAGUUGGGAAGACAGAGGGGAACAAAACAUGGAGCUGCUGCUGCUGCUGCUGCCCAAGGUCACAGUUGCCGUUGCUCUUAUCGGCCUUGUCAGCAUUGUCAUACGGAUGUGUGAUGCUCUAAUAUUCAAGCCAGAAAAGCUUCGUUCGAAGCUACGAAAUCAAGGUAUCCGAGGUCCACCGCCUGCAUUUUUGCUUGGAAACAUACGGGACAUUAAGAAGGCACGAUCUAAGGUCUCAAAAGCAUCACGGGAAGGAGAACAAGUGAUAAGUCAUAAUUCUUCCAACACUCCCUUCUCAUUCUUCGAGCAAUGGAGCAAGAAAUAUGGUUCAACAUUCAUGUUCUCGCUUGGGAACAUACAGAUAUUGCAUAUGAACCAUCCUGAUGCGGUGAAGGAAAUCAGCAUCUGCACUUCCUUAGACUUGGGGAAGCCUUCUUACCAAGUAAAAGAGCGCGGUCCUCUGCUUGGCCAAGGUAUUCUGACCUCAAAUGGUGCAAUAUGGCAACAUCAGAGAAAGAUCCUUGCUCCUGAAUUUUACUUGGAGAAUGUCAAGAAUUUCAUGAGCAUCAUGGUCGAAUCCUCGAAUAUAGUAGUUGAUUCGUGGACUAAAAGGAUUGAAAGUGAGGGAGGAGUUGUGGACAUCAACGUUGAUGAAGACAUGAGAAGCUUCUCUGGAGAUGUGAUUUCAAAAGCAUGUUUUGGGAGUAAUUAUGCCAAAGGAGAAGAGAUAUUCCUCAAGCUUAGAGCUCUUCAAGGAGCCAUGUCAAAGAAAGCUUUGUCUUCUGGGAUUCCCAUUUUGAGGGCUCUACCAACUAAGAGCAACAGAGAAGUUUGGAGAUUAGAGAAAGAAGUGCGUGCUUUAAUUUUGAAGGAAGUGAAGGAAGAAAAGGAACAAACAUCGAAGGACCUGUUAGAAAUAAUCCUGAAAGGAGCCAAGGAUAGUGAGACAAGCCAAGCUGAAAUGGACCGUUUCGUUGUUGACAAUUGCAAGAACAUAUACUUGGCUGGCUAUGAAACAACUUCAGUCACUGCACAAUGGACAAUGAUGCUUUUGGGAUCAAAUCCUGAAUGGCAAGAUAGAGUUCGAGCCGAGGUGCUUGAGGUCUGUGGGGGGCAAAUGCCUGAUGCUGACAUGGUUCGCAGGAUGAAAACAUUGACGAUGGUGAUUCAUGAAUCUCUGCGCCUCUACCCUCCAGUUUGUGUGAUAUCCAGGGAGGCGUUACAGGACAUGAAAUUUGGAGACAUUUUUGUGCCCAAGGGUGUCAACGUUUGGACCUUGAUUGUAACCCUACACCAAGACCCUGAAAUAUGGGGAUCUGACGCUGACAAGUUCAAUCCUGAGAGGUUUGCCAAUGGGGUCAGUGGCGCCUGCAAGCAUCCUCAUGUUUACAUGCCCUUUGGUGUUGGGCCACGGACAUGUCUCGGACAGCAUUUUGCCAUGGCAGAACUCAAAAUCCUCAUCGCAACGAUCGUUUCCAAUUUCUCCUUCACUAUAUCACCCAAAUACAUUCACGCCCCAGCUCUUUGGUUGGUUAUAGAACCUGAGCAUGGAGUGAAUCUUCUCAUUAAAAAGCUGUGAGCUAUUAACUCACCUGUACUUUUUCUUUAGCCAUUUCGUUUGAAUUUGUCUUUCUUUUUAUUUACAAUUCAAUACUGUGUCCUCGGCGUUCUUUCUCCACUGAGCCAAUGCAUUUGCGCAGUGAUUGUAUGUGCAAAAAUAUUGUCAAUGGCAAUAACUUGUUUCGCUGGUUAUGUUUGUUAACCUAAAGAGAUUUCCUGCAAGAA